AUGUACUUGUCUGAUGCUUUUGAUGCUACUCGCUGCAAGGCUUUUCCAACAACCCUUACUAAAGCAGCGAUGAAGUGGUUCGACAGCCUCCCUCUAAGGUCGGUCACUAUUUUCGACGACUUGUCUCGAAAGUUUAUCAUGCGGCUCUCUAUCCAGAAGGACAAGGUAAAGCAUGCACCGAGCCUCCUGGGUGUAAAACAGGAGGUCGGAGAACCUUUAAGGGAUUACAUGGAAAGGUUCAACAAAGAGUGUUUGGAGAUUCAAGACCUACCCAUAGAGGCAGUAAUUAUGGGCCUAGUAAAUGGACUCCGAGAAGGCCCCUUCUCCCAGUCCAUCUCGAAAAGGAACCCAACCUCCCUCAGUGAUGUAUAG